AUGGCCUCCCCGUCGACAGAAGCCCCCCCGCCUCCCCCGACCCUCCGAGACGUCAUCGGCCACGACGACGACGACGACUACGACGACCACUUCAUCGCAGACGAGGACGAGGACGAGGACGAGGACGAGGACGAGGAGGAGUGGAACAUGAGCAAGCGCAUGUCGCGCCUGUCCAUGGAGGGUUCCGACGGCGGUGACGCCGACGACGAGGACGGCGGCGGAGACGACGACGAAGAGGAAGAAGAAGGAGAGGAGGACGAGUUCGAGGUGCGGUCGGACGUCAACGCCGCAGCCACCACGUACCGCCCGUGGCCUCCGUCCGACUACGAGCCGCGCGGGGCCCCGCCGGCGUCGGCGUCGCUGCCGGGCACGCCGGACCGCGGCGGCGCGCAGUCGUCGCCGUGGUGGCCCGGGCCGAGGAGCGCCAAGGACAAGGAGUACGCGAGCGAGACGGAGGCGCGGUGGCCGCCCGACGCCGCCGGGCGCGGCGGGACGCGGCAGCGGCAGCACCGGCGGGCGCGGGAGGUGUGGCUGGAGCGCGCGUGGCGGAUGCGCAAGCAGCGGCGGCAGCUGCAGCUGCGGGAGGAGGUGCCCGUGGUGGUCCUCGGCGGCGGCGGAGGCGUGGCGAUGGACAUGGAGGAGGUCCGCGCGUGCCGGGACCUGGGCCUGGACCUCCCGUGCGACUGGACCGUGGAGAUCCCCUGCUGCUACGCGCUCUCCGGCGUCGACACCGCCAGCAGCGGCGGCAACUCGCCGGCCUCUGGCAGCUGGCGCAUCUCCAGCCCCGGGGACGAUCCCAAGGACGUGAAGGCGCGGCUCAAGGUGUGGGCGCAGGCGGUGGCGCUCGCGUCCGCCUCUCGUCUCGGUUCUUGA